GUUCCAAUCGAAAAAAUCAGAAACGGGUGUCUUUAGCUAGUUGACUCAAGCCGAGCAGCUAAAUAACCAGAACUAUCAUGAAGAGAGUCACUCUGUUUGUCAACGGAACGUCUUCCAAUGGCAAGGUUGUGGCGCUGUAUGGAUCGCUGACAGACCUGCUGUCCGUCGCUAGCAGUAAACUGGGAAUCCGAGCCUCCAGCGUUUAUAACGGUACAGGCGGUCUUAUAGACGACAUAACGCUUAUAAGGGAUGAUGACGUGCUGUAUGUGUCUGAGGGCGACUCCUUUGAUGAUGUGAGUAAGACACAGUGUGCAGACCCCCAGGAUGACCCUGGUUGUCCAGACUGGUUCCAGACUCACACUGAUUGGCUGACGCUCAACGUUGGGGGUUGCUGCUUCACCACCACACGGAGCACUCUGGUCAGUAAAGAGCCAGUGAGCAUGCUGGCCCACAUGUUCCGAGACAAAGAUGUGUGGGGUAAUAAACAGGACUCCCAGGGUGCCUACCUGAUAGACAGGAGUCCAGGCUACUUUGAACCCAUCCUCAACUACCUGAGACACGGACAACUCAUCAUCAAUGACGGCAUCAACCCACUGGGGGUCCUGGAGGAGGCUCGGUUCUUCGGCAUUGAGCAGCUGGCUGAGCAACUGGAGAACCUGAUCAAGAGUUCCCAGCCUGCUGAUGACCACUCCCCUCUAACCAGGAAGGAGUUUGUACGUUUCCUGUUGGCCACACCCACCAAGUCAGAGCUGCGCUGUCAGGGUCUGAACUUCAGCGGUGCAGACCUGUCUCGCCUGGACCUGCGCUACAUCAACUUUAAGAUGGCCAACCUGAGAGCUGCCAACCUCACUCAUGCCAACCUCAGUGGUGCCAACCUGGAGCGGGCAGACCUGUCCUCAGCCUGCCUUGAUGGAGCUAACCUACAGGGUGUUAAGAUGCUGUGUUCUAAUGCGGAGGGUGCGUCUCUGAGAGGGUGUAACUUUGAGGACCCUUCUGGAGUCAAAGCCAACAUGGAGGGUGCCAACCUAAAGGGGGUGGACAUGGAGGGUAGUCAGAUGACAGGUAUCAACCUGCGAGUUGCCACACUGAAGAACGCCAAGCUGAAAAACUGCAACCUGAGAGGAGCUACACUGGCUGGCACAGACCUAGAGAACUGUGACCUGUCUGGAUGUGAUCUACAGGAAGCUAACCUUCGGGGCUCCAAUGUGAAGGGAGCCAUCUUUGAAGAGAUGCUGACUCCACUGCACAUGUCUCAGAGUGUACGAUAACCCUACUGCACAUGUCUCAGAGUGUACGAUAACCCUACUGCACAUGUCUCAGAGUGUACGAUAACCCUACUGCACAUGUCUCAGAGUGUAGAAUAACCCUACUGCACAUGUCUCAGAGUGUAGAAUAACCCUACUGCACAUGUCUCAGAGUGUAGAAUAACCCUACUGCACAUGUCUCGAGAGUGUACGAUAACCCUACUGCACAUGUCUCGAGAGUGUACGAUAACCCUACUGCACAUGUCUCGAGAGUGUACGAUAACCCUACUGCACAUGUCUCAGAGUGUACGAUAACCCUACUGCACAUGUCUCAGAGUGUACGAUAACCCUAGUGCACAUGUCUCAGAGUGUAGGAUAACCCUACUGCACAUGUCUCAGUGUACGAUAACCCCACUGCACAUGUCUCAGAGUGUACGAUAACCCUACUGCACAUGUCUCAGAGUGUACGAUAACCCCACACAAACAUACACUCCUGGUCCUUAAGUCACUCCUCCCAACCCCCUGUGUAGCUCACCACUGAUUUUUGAAUUCUCAGAAGAGACUAGUUGUCCAAUACUAUAUCAACCCUUAGUAGUCACUUAGCUACCUGAGGGCAGUGGUUGUUCCUCUGACAUGAGUGAAUAUGAAACGAGACCCAGGAAUGUUUUAGUUCUAGUACACAUGUUUGUAUAUAUGGCGUAAAAGGUUCUACAUGUUUGUAAAAUAAUAUAUGUAUUUUGAAGGUAGAUACGGCAGAUUCGGGCCGACUUCUGCAACAACAAACAGUGUGAGGCUAAACUUCUCGCUGUUUUGGUCUCGCAGCUAUCGUGUUGCAGCAGUGUGAAAUACACCCAUGCGCUUAUCUGCAAUAUCUGAGGUUCAUGGCAAAAGUUAUAUGGCUGAGUCUCACUUUAAUGGGUCCACAUGUACAUUAUCCUACAUGGGCCAUCUUCUCCAUGCCUGGGGUUGGAUUUCCAUCACAUGGUGCUACACUUUAUCAUUGUGGAAAGUAUUUUUUUUUUUUCACGCUAUCACUGUAUAAUUACUGUUUUAUGUCUUUUGCAAUAAAGGCUCUAGCCUUGUUUUUAGUA